AUGACAACGAGUGACGUCGGGAACGCCGUAGUCGAGAAAGACGAAGAAAGCGAAAAGGAUAGCACGGGAAUCGUUGAGAGAUUUGUUGGUGGCCGUUCACAAAUGCUCCGGCAAGACAAGUUCAGCAUCUUCGCGCAGUACUCCUCCAUCUGGGCCUCGUACUCACCUGCAUCGGAUACGUCCUCGUAGGCGCUUCUCUCUUCCGUUCUAUCGAACGUCCCAUCGAGCUCACACUGCGGAAACGAGCUCUUGCCGACUUCGAACAAGUCAAAUCGGUAGGCUUCUCCCUUCACGCUGCUCACAGAAUUCCUUUAGGACUUUUUAGGAAACAUUUCACAUAGGCCUGACAAGGCAGAAGAAAUCGUCAGCGACUACGCAGAGAAUCUCAUGAAGCUUUUCGAGGUGAUUUUUCAAAUUCUCCAGUAAUAAAAGCAACAAAACCUUUAGAAUCCGCAUUACUCCCACGUAUUUGAGUCUCAUCACACAGAUUAUCAGACUGAGAAAGACCUAUGGACAUACUCGUCUUCUGUGAUUUUCACGACGACCACAGUAAUUCCAGUGGGUGCGCUUCAGUUUUAUUAUAUUCCACAAACACGUCGUUCGAUUUAGGCUACGGGUACAUUUAUCCGUUAUCGGAUCUGGGGAAAGUUUUGCUGAUUGCCUACGCUCUUCUAGGAAUCCCUCUGACGUUGGUGACAAUGGCCGACACAGGCAAAUUCGCUUCACAGUUGAUAACGCAGUGGUUCGAUGAGGUUAGUUGCGCGGCUGUCUUCUACAAAAUGACGUCGGAACAGUCGACGACGAUUCCGACGGCUCUUUUCCUGACUCUUCUGUUCUCCUAUCCGAUGGUGGUUGGCCUGGUUUUAAGUCAAACUUCGUCGAUUUCCUUUCUCGAUGCUGUCUACUUUUCCCUCACGUCCAUCUUUACCAUUGGUUUUGGCGACCUCACAGUAAGAGUCUUUUCCAUUUUUUUGAUUCUAGGGCGAAAAAAAAAUUAUAAAAAUUUAUUGAAAGAUUGGUUUUGCGAUUUGAAGCCAGAGAUGAACGUUGUGCAGCUGGUACUGUUCUUGGUAGCGGGAGUGAUCCUAGUGACAAUCACGGUAGACUUCGUCGCAGCCGAGAUAAUCGACCACGUGCACUACAUGGGUCGUCACGUCGGCAAGGCCAGACAGCUGGCCGGCAAGAUGUUUCAGGUGAGUGGAAAGCUGUGAGAAGGCUUAGGCUCAAGAACUGCAGCUCGCUCAGUCGAUCAACAUGAAUCGCGGCAUCAGCGGACUCGCCAGUGGGAUGAACCAACUGCACGCGUUGGCUCGUCUUGGUAUCCUCGGCAAAGCCGAAAGAGAGGUUUUCUUGAUUCGCAGCACCGCUACGAGAGUCUUCAGAGCAUGGAGCCUGGGCGGCGGUUGACGGCCUUCGAGCCGGCUUUGGAUGGGAUCGACUUCGUCGACACGACGUCCAUCUACAGUCGCUUCGAGCAAAAUUCACGUUCUUCCAGGAAAAACUCGGCACGACAUUUAUUCGUCUCUUGA